CCGGAAGUGCCUGCCAGACAGUAAAUAAGCACAGAAAAGCAGGCGAGAAGCUGUCUCCAUCUUGUCGGCAGACGCUGGGCCCCGGACGCGGAGGCGAUGGGGAGCGUGCUGGGGCUGUGCUCCGUGGCGAGCUGGAUACCAUGUCUGUGUGGCAGCGCCCCAUGCUUGCUGUGCCGCUGCUGCCCCAGUGGAAACAACUCGACCGUGACUAGAUUGAUCUAUGCACUUUUCUUGCUUGUUGGAGUGUGUGUAGCAUGUGUAAUGUUAAUACCAGGGAUGGAAGAACAGCUGAAUAAGAUUCCUGGGUUCUGUGAGAAUGAGAAAGGCGUUGUUCCUUGUAGUAUUCUGGUUGGCUACAAAGCUGUGUAUCGCUUGUGCUUUGGCUUGGCCAUGUUCUACCUUCUCCUCUCUUUACUAAUGAUCAAAGUGAAAAGCAGCAGUGAUCCUAGAGCCGCGAUCCACAACGGAUUCUGGUUCUUCAAAUUUGCUACAGCAGUUGCAAUUAUUGUUGGAGCUUUCUUCAUUCCGGAAGGCACUUUUACAACCGUGUGGUUUUAUGUAGGCAUGGCAGGUGCCUUUUGUUUCAUCCUCAUACAACUAGUCUUGCUUAUUGAUUUUGCCCAUUCUUGGAAUGAAUCAUGGGUUGAAAAAAUGGAAGAAGGGAACUCAAGGUGUUGGUAUGCAGCCUUGUUAUCGGCUACAGCUCUGAAUUAUUUGCUGUCUUUAGUUGCCAUCAUCUUAUUCUUUGUCUACUACACUCACCCAGCCAGUUGUUCAGAAAAUAAGGCAUUCAUUAGUGUCAACAUGCUCCUCUGCAUUGGUGCUUCUGUAAUGUCUAUACUGCCCAAGAUCCAAGAAUCACAACCAAGAUCUGGCUUGUUACAGUCUUCAGUAAUUACAGUCUACACAAUGUAUUUGACAUGGUCUGCUAUGACCAACGAACCAGAAACAAACUGCAACCCAAGUCUUCUAAGCAUCAUUGGCUUCAAUAGCACAAGACCUCUCCCAAAGGAUGGGCAGUCUGUGCAGUGGUGGCAUCCCCAAGGGAUCAUAGGACUGGUUCUCUUCCUACUGUGUGUGUUUUACUCAAGCAUCCGUACCUCCAACAAUAGUCAGGUUAAUAAGCUGACUCUAACAAGUGAUGAGUCAACACUAAUAGAAGAUGGGAAUGCCAGAAGUGAUGGAUCUCUAGAAGAUGGUGAUGAUGUCCACCGAGCUGUAGAUAAUGAAAGGGAUGGCGUCACUUACAGUUACUCCUUCUUUCACUUCAUGCUUUUCCUGGCUUCACUUUAUAUCAUGAUGACCCUUACCAACUGGUACAGGUAUGAGCCUUCUCGCGAGAUGAAGAGUCAGUGGACAGCAGUCUGGGUGAAAAUCUCUUCCAGCUGGAUUGGCAUCGUGCUGUAUGUUUGGACACUGGUGGCACCACUUGUUCUUACAAAUCGUGAUUUUGACUGAAUCGGACCUCUGGCAUGAAAGCCCUACUUUGGUAAUUGUUUAUUUGACAUUAACAGUAUUCCCAAUUUUUGUAAAGUUUUAUGUGUUGUUGUAUAACGUACUGUUUUUCUCUUGCAUGAAUUAGAUUUACUCUGCCAUUUUAUCCAUGUUCUUGCUAAGUGUAUUGAUGAUAUGGAUUGCAAAGACAGAAUUUUGAAUAAGGUGGCAAAUUAGCAAAGAUGAACACUGAUAGGCAUAUCAUCUGCUCUGUACAUAUGAAAUUAAAAGUAAAAAAAUUCUUGACAGUUGGUCUCAAAUUGUGUUAGACCUUAUGCUAUUUUAGAAACAUUACUGUAUGGCUGCCUUUUGAAAUACUUGGUGUGUUGCCUUACAGGACUCAAAGCAAAUAGUUGUUCUAAAAUUAUGUAAAUAAGUCACAAGCUAGUUGUCUGCAAAAUGCAAGUCACUUUAGGUUUGUCAGGAUUUUCUCUUACUAGGUACAGAAUGGUCAUGUUCAUUGGAAAACAGUAUAGGAUGUGGAGGAAGGCUAAGGAACAGACAAGAGCCUUCACACAAAGUCUCUGGUAGUGGGUUUUAAAGUGAAUAAAUACUCUUAGAUCAUGAGAUCUAAGAUCUUAGCUUUCUCUGUAAGACAGGGUGGCCUUCACCAACAAAAUGAACUUUGUUCUUUACAAACAUACAGUUAUGGAUUUCAGAGAUGUUAGCAUUUACACAAAGUUUUGAAAUGAAAAUCAUGUGUUAGAAAAAUUUUGAAACUAAACAUUUGCAAAUCAAAACUGGGAUUCCUCAGACAGGAUGUGAAGUAUUAGGCUCUGGGUUAGGGACUUGGGAUCCCGUCCAGCUCUUACUUUAAAAAUGAAGCAGAAGCACAGACUCAGCUAGCUCAAACAGCUAGUUAGUGGCAAAGUUGAGAAGUUAUAAGUUUACCAAAACUAGCCAACAUUGA